UCGCCGGAUUUCAACCUCUUACAGAUAGAGAAAUUUCCGCAUUUCGAAACGAACUCUUUCGAAGACCUUAGUUUAACAUUGGAUCAUAAUCUUGCUUUUCAAACCUCUGAAGGUUCGGUUACUUUUUGGAAUAACGCGGACUGGCUUAACUUUCCGAAUAGUUUAAACACUGUUAAUGAAAAAGCCAUUUAA